UGUUUGAUGAUAUUUUUGAGUUUAUCCUUGAAAUCAAUGCAGUCGAAAACUGCGCGAACCCUUUCAACAAGGGUCAAAAGUGUGAUGUAAAUUAAACAGCUAUUUUUGAUCGAAAUUCAUUAAAAUUAAUGCGGAAUAUUAAGAAAAACGAAUAGAAUACUGCACACAACGAGUCAGGUUAGGAAAUCAGUCAUUUUCUAAUAAUACAAUUAUGGAAGAAUACACAAGAGAACCAUGCCCAUGGAGGAUAGUGGACGAUUGUGGGGGUGCUUUCACAAUGGGUUUAAUAGGCGGAGGCGUCUUUCAGAGCAUAAAAGGCUUCAGAAAUGCACCUUCUGGAAUCAACAAACGUCUAAUUGGAAGUGUUACAGCUAUAAAACAAAGAUCCCCAAUAAUUGCCGGUAAUUUCGCAAUAUGGGGUGGUAUGUUCUCUACAAUUGACUGCGCCUUGAUACAUGUAAGGAAGAAGGAAGAUCCUUGGAAUUCUAUUAUCAGUGGGGCUGCUACUGGCGGUAUUUUGGCGGCUAGAAACGGUCUUCCAGCCAUGGCAGGCAGUGCUUUUAUUGGUGGUGUUCUCUUAGCUUUAAUCGAGGGAGUAGGUAUAUUGUUUACAAGGUUGUCGGCAGAGCAGUUUCAACCCCAGUUACCCCCAAUGGAGGAUCCUAGUCAGUUAGGCGCUGCGCAACAAGGUCAAGGCUACACAUUUCAAUAAUCUAUUUUAGUGAAUUAUUAGUUGUAAAUUUAUCAUAAUAUAAAAAUUGUAAAAUUCUCUUAAUUGGUUUUAUAUAUUUUUUUUUAAAGAUUCAUCCAAUUUUUUUUAUUUUGGAUUUUAAAACUUGAUGUUUAUUAGGGAUUUGCUCCUUAUUAUUGCCUU